CUUCUGCCCCGCGCCGCCGUCGGGGCUCCGUGAGAGCUGCGGAGGUGGGGAUUCGGCUCUGCCGCGGGAGCGGCCGGCAGCCCCGGCCCGGCCCGGCCGUUCUUUGUCCCGACCCGUUCCGUCCCACCCGUCCGCGGGGGUCUCACACCGUCUCAUCCCAUCCCACCCAUCCCAUCCCGCUGUGCUCUCACCCACCCCACCCCAUCCAUCCUAUUCCCAUCCCAUCGUGUCCCAUCCAAUCUCGUCCACCCUGCCCCAUUCGUUCCACCCUGCCCAUCCACGUCCCAUCCCUUUCUGUCCCAUCCUGUCCCGUCCCACGCUGUCACACUAUCUCACCCCAUCCCAUCACGUCCCAUCCUGUAUCACCCACCCUACCCCAUCAAUCCUUUUCUGCCCUGUCCCAUUCUGUCCUCUCAUCCCAUCCCAUCCCAUCCCAUCCCAUCCCAUCCCACCCACCCUGUUUUAUCCCAGCCUGUCCUCCCCGUCCCAUCCCAUCUCUUUCCACCCCAUCUCUUUCCAUCCUGUCCUAUCUGCCUUGUUACAUCCCAUCCUAAUCUUACCACCACGUCCCCCCAUCCCAUCCAUACUCAGAUCUCUCACACUAUCUUGUCCCGUCCCAUCCAUCCUGUUGUGCUCUCAUCCCAUCCCAUGUUCUGUCCCAUCAUAUCUCAUCUCAUCUCUCUCCCUCCUGUCCUAUUCUAUCACGUCCCAUCCUAUCCGUUCCACCACAUCCCAUCCAUUCUGUCCCAUUGGUCUCAUCCCAUCCCAUCCACCCCCUCUGAUCUCACAUCGUUUUGUCCCAUCCCAUCUAUCCCAUCCUAUUACAUUCCAUCCUAUCUCAUCCACCCUUCCCCAUCAAUUCUACCCUACCCCAUCCAUCCCAUCACAUCCUAUCCCUCCCCCUUCCAUCCCAUCCUUUUCUGUCCCACGCUUUCAUGUUCUCUCACCCCAUCCCAUUUGUCAUGUCCCAUCCCAUCCAUUUCAUCAUAUCCCAUCCAUUCUGUCCCAUCUAUCUCCUCCUGUCCCAUCCCAUCCCAUCCAUCCUCUCUGAUCUCUUGCCCUGUCUUGUCCCAUCCCACCUGUCCUGCUUUAAUGUGCCCUCAUCCUCCCCAUCCCAUCCAUCUUAUUCCCAUCCCACCACAUCCCAUCCUAUUUCAUCUACUUUGCCCCCAUUCUACCCUGUUCCAUCCUGUUCUGUCCCAUCCUGUCCUGUCCCAUGCUGUCACAUUCUCUCACCCCAUUCCAUCCCACCCCAACCCAUCUGCCCCAUCCCAUCACAUCCAUCCUGCUCUGUCCCAGCACAUCCUAUCCUGUCCCUCUCAUCUCAUCCCAUCCCGUUCCAUCCCAACCCCUCACUACACCCCUCCCGACCCUAUUCCAUCCAUCCUGUCCCCUCUGUCUCACCCUAUACUACUCUAUUCCAUCCCAUCUUGGCACAUCCUAUCCAGCUCACCAUAUCCCAUCUCACCCAUUCCAUCCCACAUGUCCCAUCCCGUCCCAUCCCAUCUCAUCCAUACUGUGAUCUCUCACACUACCUUGCCCCAUUCCAUCCAUCACUCCCAUCCCAUCCCAUCCCAUGUGUCUCCUGCUAUCCCAUCCCAUCCAUAAUCUGAUCUCUCACCCUGUUUUGUCCCAUCCCGUCCAUACUGUGAUCUCUCACACUAUCUCGUCCCAUCCCAUGCAUCCUGUCCCAUCAUGCUCUUGUCCCCUCCCAUCCAUCUUAUUCUCAUCCCAUCUACCCUACCCCAUCAAUUCCACCCUGCUCCAUCCCAUCCUGGCACAGCCGUGUGCUUUCAGCCCCAUCCAGGCCCCAAAUGUGGCACAAGGCCUUGUUCCUACUCCUGACGUGGGGGACCCCUGGCAUGGGAUGAUGGUGAGGGGAAGUCAACGACACCAGCAAACCCUCAUCAGCCACAGAGGGAUGAGGACAAGGCCACCACUGCUGUCCCACGUCCCACUGCCAACCUGGAAGGAUGGGAGCACAUUGCUCAACCCUGGGCCAGCGGGAUGGGACGGCUGCCAGAGGCAGCAGGAGUUGGGCAGCUGCCCAGGAGCUGCUCCCGGGUGGGACAAGGAGGAAAUGGAGCUUCCGCUGCAGCCAACGCCAACCUCAGCCUACAAGCACGGCACUGGGACUGCCAGCCUGCAGCGCUGCAUCGCGGGGAGAGGUGACCAACGUGCCGGGGGGACACGCGGCAAUGGGGCGGCCCAGUAGGGUGAAGCGGGGCACACGACGAGGGGCAGUGCUGGAGCUCCAGCAGUGUUCGUGCACCUCUGGUUGUGCCAGCAGUGUUUGUGCAUGGUGCAGCCCUCACUCAGCUGGUGCAGUUCACUGGAGAUGCAGGUAACGAGCAGCCAGGUGUGCACAGCCACCACUGGGAGCGGGGCUGCAAUCACUCACCCCACACGGGCUUCAGAAUGGAAACACUGUAUUGACAGACUUUACAAAAGUUAUUACAAAACACAACCACUGAUCAGCAGCCAACGAUACACAGCGGAAGAGACACUGCUCACAGUCACCUUGAGAACAACACCACUGAGUGCCAAAUUCAACCGAUAUUUACAGAGACGUCUGAAAAACUCUGGUCAGUCACCGCAUACAUUGAAGUGUUUUAGAUCCAUGGUGAGAUAUAGUGCCACACAUUUCAUUGAAUAAUAAUAAUAAUAAUAAUUAAUAAUAAUAAUAAUAACAACAAUAACAACAACGUCCUACUUCUAGGUUAACUAAAAACCGAACAGCUCUUUACAGGGGUUAGGAGAAGUUCCUUUCACUUGUCUGACUUACCUGAGUGUGAGACCAAACCCAGUAAUAAAAUAACAGUAAAACCGUCUUCGCCAACAGGAGCUCCCAUGACAGUCCAGCAGCACUGCUCCCUCAGGCCAGAGGGAAACUACAGCCCGACUGGUGCAAGCAAUGUCCUUCCAAAGCACAGAGACGUCUCCUCUUCGGGUCAGACCCAACUGCGCCUCUGCGCACC